GGGAAGAGGCCGCAGAAGCCCGAGCCUUGACCGACGGGCAGGCAGGGGCUGCGGCGGCGCCGCACCGGCGCCCCCCCAUGCGCCAGGCGGCCGGACGGCGGCGUCGGGGGGCGCCAUGGCUUCGGCGGCGGCGGGCGAAGCGGAAGAGACCACCCGGCUGCGCAAGCCGCGCUUCUCGUUCGAGGAGAACCAGAUCUUGAUCCGUGAGGUGCGCGCCCACUACCCGCAGCUCUACGGCGCGCAGAGCCGUCGGGUGAGCGUGGCAGAGCGGCGGCGUGUGUGGGACGGCAUCGCCGCCAAGAUCAACGGCAUCACCAGCUGGAAGCGCACAGGCCAAGAGGUGCAGAAGCGCUGGAAUGACUUCAAGCGCCGCACCAAGGAGAAGCUGGCCCGCGUGCCGCACUCCACGCAGGGCGCCGGGCCUGCCGCUGAGGACGCCUUCACCGCGGAGGAGGAGACCAUUUUUGCCAUCCUGGGGCCGGGAGUGGCGGGGCCAGGAGCUGGUGCAGGGGCCGAGCCUCCCUCCGCGGCGGCUUCCUCACAGCCGCCGGCCGCAAGUGCCGGCACCCAACGCUACGUGUUGUCCGAGGACCGCAGGGAGGACCGCAGGGAGGACCGACGGGCAGGCAGGCACAGUGGUAGAUGCUGGAAAUACUAUGGAGAAAAAGACAAUGGAGCUGGCAUUCCAGUUACUGGAGACAGACCACAAACAAGGAGCCCCAAAACAGAUCAUAUACCAGGAGGUGAUACACCAGCCCACAGCAAGGGGGGCUCCAGCAGCCCCGAGCAGUGGGCCCGGCCCUCCUGCAGUCCCCAGGAAGGGGGCUGCCCGCCACCCAAGGAGCGUGAGUCCCCGCCCCCUCCAGCCCUGCAGACUGUCCAGCUGCCCCGCCUGGCCUUGUCUCCGCCGCCCCCAGCCCCUCCGCUGCAGCCACCACCCCAGCCACCUCAGCAGGUGCAUGUGGCACCCUCGUCCCCCAGCCCACCACCUCCUCCGCUGCCACCACCCACGCCCUCGGCCUCAGACCCCUCCCUGGACUUCCUGCGGGCUCAGCAGGAGACUGCCAAUGCCAUCCGGGAGCUGGCUGGCACCCUGCAGCAGGGACUGGCCAAACUGAGUGAGGCCCUCAGCGCCCUACUGCCCCUUCUGCCCGGAACGGCCGUCGACAGGCUGCCCCCGCCUCUGCCCCCGCCCCCACCCCCACCCCCCAGGCCCCUCCUGUCCCCACCUACCCCCAAAGCCGAGAUCACCCCAGAACCCGUGUCCGUGGUAGCUGCUGUGGUGGACAGAGCGGUGGUCGCAGCCAGGGGAGUGAUCAUCGCCCCUAGGAGCGAGGAGGGGACCCCCCGGCCACCCCCAGCCCCGCUUCCUCCCCACGACUCACCCCCACACAAGAGGAGGAAAGGCUUCCCUACGCGGAAGAGGCGGGGGCGAUGGAAAUCUCCGUGAAAUCUGCUCUUGGGUUUGAGCUUGUCUCCGCUCCUUCUGCCUGCACCUCCUUCCCCCAGCUUAGCCCAGUGGAGGAGGGCGAUGCACCUUCCCCAUCUCAGCUGCCCCCUGGCUCCCCAGCUGCAGGGGCACCAGCACCCCACUCCCUAUACUAGUUAGUGCCUGAUUCUCAGGGGACCUCGUUGAAGGGUGCCCCAGCCCUUUCUCCAGUACAGCGCUGUCUGCCUGGCUGCUUCCCUGAACCCUAACUUCUAAGCCAUCGAUUUUACGUUAUUUAUUAUCGCCCUUUGUGGGUUGCGGAGGGAACCCCUCGGGUCUGCACAUACCCCCUUCCCUAACAACUCCUGGUCUUGACUUGAAGAGAAUUGACUCGCAGGGGCCUCCUCGCUUCCCCGAUCCAGACUUUGGAGGGGGUGGGAGGCUCGAGACAAAUCAGAACAUGGAUGACGAAGGAUACAGCAGUCUCUGUACCUUAGGGAGGGGGGGUGGAGUUCUCACUGGGCAGGUACAGGUCGGGCCCUCUGCCUCCCAGUGCUGUCUCUGACCUCCAGAGCUCAACCCCCUCGUCUCUCCCCGGUGGUGACAAGAUAUGAAUAAACUUAUUUUUAAUACGAUUA